ACCUCCUACCCGACCUUCUACCCCCACAUAACCCUCGGCUCCUUCCCCACCUCCACCGCCUCCGAAUCCUUCCUCAAACUGCGCGAAUCCAUCCCCAUGGGCAUCUCCUCCCUCCCUCUCUCCUUCGCCUCCGUCCGCACGGGGGACCACUAUUUCCGCUCCAUCUAUGUCGCGGUCAAGCCUACCGAAGAGCUGAAGGAGCUGUAUGAGGGAUUACAUAGGGCUAUGGGGAUCGACGAGCCGAAGAGCCCGGCGUUUCCGCAUUUGAGUUUGUAUUAUAUCGAUGAGGAGGACGCGGAAAAGGGGGAGAGGGAGAGGAUGUUUGGGGAGAUGGUAAGAAGUGGGGUUGUUCAGAGUCUGUCAACGGAGGAGGGGGAGGAAGGGGAGAAUGGGGUGGUGUUGGAUUGUGGGGUGGGCACUGUGCCGGAGCCGGAUCCGGAUGCGAUGGUGAGACUGGAUGGGAUCGUGGGGAGUGAGAUUUGGAUCGUGAAGUGUGAAGGGCCGGUGGAGGGAUGGGAGAUUAUGGAUAAGAUAUUGUUGGCGACG